GGGUAAUAUAUCCUCAUCUGCUUACUGUGGCCCCCGCCACGGUUUAGCGUGUUUUAGGGGGGACUCGGAGGAUUUCCAUACAGGUGCUCCCGGUCGGAUGGAGCGCCGCUCGUUUGACUAACAAAGCAUCGGGCCGCCGCCCUGCGCAGCGCAGCCUCCUCGUGCCGGGCCGCUACCAACCAGGGAGGAGCGCAAGGGAGUGUCCCCGACCUGCGCACAGACCGCGCACACGGACCCUUGUUCUGGUUUGCGCCGACGGUUCAAAACUACGGGAUUUUGCGCGGACGACGGAUCGAGCUCAGAGUCCUUCAUGUUGAGGUCUGCGCGUUGAACUGCAGCCGCCCCCCCCCCUCACCGCCACCGCCCCCCCCCAUUCACAACCUCCAUCCAUCGGGUUUGUCCGGGAAGUCCAGCAACAAAGAACGAACACACCACCGCGUUCCUCGCUAGGCCCCACGGCAUCCAGAGGGAAAAUACAGACCAUCAAGUCACUGUGUGUGAUUGCGUGCAAUCGAUAGCGGCGGCACCAUGGAUGAGUUAGAUGUUCCACAGAUGAAGAGAGAGAUCGAGAGUCUCCAGUACCAGCUGGCAAUCAACAGAGAGAAGUCCUCUAUCACCGUCACCGAGCUGGUGAAGUGGAUUGAGGGCUGUGUGUGUGAAGACCCAUUCCUGAACCCCGAGCUAAUGAGAGCCAAUCCCUGGGUGGAGAAGGGCAAGUGUGUGAUCCUUUAAUGGUCACACACACACACACACACACACACACACACACACACACACACACGAUGGAUGCACAAAAACGAAAAAAAAAUUUGCACCCACACAAUCAUGAUGCACUCUCACACAUUAUAAUUCAGUCUAUUUAUUUUAAGUCCCACGAAUGCAUUUAAUUUGUGCUGAUGAGUGACAGACUACUUGGCUGCGUGUGUGCGUUUUCAGCACUGAGAAGAGCUGUCUAAAAGUUUUUGUUAGUAAUGGACCACUAAGCAUUGUUAUGAAACGUUUUUAUU